AACUAAUAUAAAAAACUCCUGAUUGAUGAAAAAGAUAAAGUGAUUUGGAGAUAUAAAAAGGAGGGACUCAAGGAAAAGGGGUCGCUGAGAGUUUGUGAAUGCAUCAACAAGGUGCCCUGAAAAAAAAAGAGAUGUAUCAUCAUCGUCCAGGCUACCCGGAAUUUCAUAUCCUAUGUUUCUUUAAUAACACCGUCAAACUCCCCAGAUUAGAUUCUCCAGUUCUCCAUCGCUUCCUCAACCGCCAUCCAAGAAAAGGAAAUCCUCAACUGCUCUUGGAUUCCAUCCCAACCGAACGAACAACUGAAGUCAGCAAUCUGAAAAUCUGCACAAUUAUCAGUGCAUCAAAGGUAUCUAUACCAACUCGCAGUUUCCUGUAAACUCUCUCUCUCUUGACUGCUAUUCAAUAGCAGGAAGCUAUAUCUUCUCUUUUUUGCUGAAUUAAAUCAGUUAUUUUAGUUGUUAACCUUGUAUCUGAGUAAUUCAUUUCCAAUCCAUAUCUCAAUCCUCCUCCAUCCUGAAUCUGAUCACCCACUCACGUAAAUUCUGAAUUUGCGGCCAUUCAGAUUUCUGUGUAUAUCCUAGAAGACACAGUGGUGUCAGUCCUGACAAAGCUCUAAAGAGGUGCCGACCCUCUGGUCACAUGUAUAUUUUGGCUUUAAAGCUAUGAGGAAAGUAACAACAAACUUAUUUAAUGCAUUGGCAAGGGUUGCUAAGGCUCAUUGGGGCCUAAGCACAAAUGCUUUAGCCACAAUAUAUGAAGGGGCAUUUAUCCCCAAGAUAACGUAUGCUGCUGGGGUGUGGUAUGCGGCAGCACAGAAGGUUGUAAUUAAGAAACAAGUACGGAGUGCGCAAAGGAUGGCUCUGUUGAGGUUGACAAGAAGCUUUAGAACGGUGUCAACAGAUGCGUUACUAGUAAUUGCUGGAACGCCACCCAUAGACCUGGUGUUAAAGGAGAAGGCAAAUUGUUAUAGGUGGAGAAGAGGAUUACCUCUGAUACUAGAUGACCAGAUGGAAAGUAUGGAAUACGAGACAAAACCAAAGGCUACAAUGCUACCCAAGUUAUAUCAUAGAAUGGCCAUAAUGACAGCAGCAGAAGGGGAAAGUAGUGAAAUAAACAUUUAUACGGACGGGUCGAAGGUUGAAGACCGAGUAGGAGCUUCCUUCUUGGUCGAAAAAGAGGAUAAAAUUAUACAUUACGAGCAGUUCCGGUUGGAUAACCGCUGCUCGGUUUACCAGGCGGAAUUAUUGGCUUUGUUACAAGCAGUAAAAUGGUGUGCCAGUAGUCAAAACUUAAGCUCUAUAAUAAUAAAUACAGAUAGCAGGGCGGCCCUGCAAACAUUGCAACAAUUUACAGAUACAAACCAAAUGGCUCUAGAGAUGAAGACCCUAAUAAGGGUAAAUCAUUUACAGAUUAAGUUCAGAUGGGUUAAGGCCCAUAGUGGCAUUAGAGGAAAUGAAAGAGCAGACGAGUUAGCUAAGGAAGCUACACAGCUAGAAGAGAUUACGUACAGUAAAAUCCCAAUAUCAUAUGUAAAAAGGAGAUUAAGACAAAGUACAGUAGAAAUAUGGCAAGAAGAAUGGAGUAAUGGGAGGAAUGGUAGACAUACUUUUUGGUUGCUUCCCAGUGUUGAAGAACGGACUAGAGAACUUAGAUGGCUAACACCAAACUUCUAUUUAACUCAGCUUCUGACGAAUCACUGCAAUACGAAAGAUUAUCUCAAAAGAAUCAAUAAAGUGCAGGAUACCUUAUGUGUGUGCGGAAACGGGAUGCAUAGUCUGGAGCAUCUUCUGGAAGAGUGCAGUAAGUACGAACAGGAACGUCUGCAAUUUCAGCUGCAAGCGAAAGACGUCAUUCAUACAAGUGAGAUAGACCUUUAUAUGUGCCUCAGACACAGGGACUUAGUGCGGGAAUUGCAGAACUUCACGCGGAGAAUAUUGUCGUGAAAGGGAUACGAGUUGUAUCCUGGUAUUGUAAUCAAGUGUACUAGGUUUAAGGCAAGAGCCUUUUGUAUAUAUUUGUUA